CACAUCACUACCACUGACUUUGCACACAGAAAAUAGAAAACAACAUGGCCGUUCGCAUAGAAAAUUAAUAUCAGUUUUUACAUUAAAUUAGUAAUCUGUGCUUGUAAAUAAUCCGCGAUGUCGGAAGAUAUGUUCUAUUGUUCAUUUGUGAGUAUUCACUACAUUAUCUGUGAAUGCGGAGAAACAUUUCCAACGGAAGACGAAUUAAAAUCCCAUCUUGAAAGAGACCACGCACUGAAAAAGGAACGCAAAGAAUAUAAAUGUGGCGUUUGUGAACAAAUCUACAGCACGGAGCAGGCCUGCAUCGAGCACUAUGAGAGCUCCCACAUUGAGAUUGAUGAGAUCAAGCAGGAGCAUGACUAUGUGGAGACGGAGGAGAACGAGGAGUGUGCUGAAGCCACCGAGAUAAUAUACGAGGAAAUAAUAGAGGAACCGGAAGUGACAGUCGAGCCUAUGCCUAAGCCUAAGAAAGAGAGAAAGUCCAAAUCUCAUUACAAUGCUAAGAACAUUGUAUGUGAGGUCUGCGGGAAGAGAUAUGCUUCUAACGCAGCUUUGAAGUAUCACCAGCGAGUACACACGGGUGAACGUCCGUACCAGUGCACGGAAUGCACCAAGAGUUUCACCAUGCCACUGUUUUUACAGAUCCACAUGCGGACUCACACGGGGGAGCGUCCAUAUGAAUGUUAUCUGUGCCCCAAGGCUUUCAGUAAUAAAGCAGCCCUACUUAGACAUGAUCGUGUCCACACAGGAGUAAAACCCUACGAGUGUCCGGAAUGUGGUAAAUUCUUCACUCAGUCCAAUUCUAUGAAGCUACACGUGAACACGGUGCAUCUCAAAAUGCCUGCUCCAUACAAGAGCAAGUCGAGAAGGAAUAAAGCGAGAGAGAGGGAGAUGCUGAGGAGAGCUAUCAUCACUUCUUUGGAUGGAGAGGAGAACGCUGCAGUGGAAAGCAUAAGUCAGCCAACCAAAUCGGAUGCAGAAGUACAUUUCAUAAAGCCGAGCGAACAAGUCACAAUAUUCAAACAGGAGGUCGAAGAAGCAGAGAUUUUGUAUGAAGAUGUCGACUCUAGAGAGAUUACUUACGAAGUGGUCUACGAAGAAUAAACUUGGUCUACACUUUAAUAAUAUUAUAAAGAGGUUGGAUAAAUUGAAAAAGUAGGCCCGAUUCUCCUGUUAAUAAUAUCAAAAUUGAAUAGAUAUUGAAUCGCAAUAGAGAUGUCAUAACGUUUGGGCUGCGACACUCUUCGCGCUCAUUCCCGCGGCGUUGGUACAUGGCGGGCUUCAGAAGGAACAUGGCGGGGUUUAGUCAGUAAGGAGUCCGUUCAGAUAGACCGGGUCGGAGAGCAUCGGCGCGCAUUUUUCUUUUCACACAGACCGGAGCGGAGCGGCUGCGCGAGCAUUAAAGAGCAUGCAAACCGAGCCAACCGUCAAGAAAAAGACGCGAUCGAAGCCGGUCGGCUCCUCUUAUUGUUUCACGCCGAGCGCAUUCGAGCAUUCUCAAUGACAAAAGCAGUGCGCAUGCAAAAAUAAAUCUUACUUCAAAUACUAAGUACUCAAUUUUCAACUUGUUAAGAAUUUGCUCUCCUCUCCGAGCCGGUCUAUCUGAACGGACCCUAAGAGUCUGACACUCCCGAGCGCUGCACCCACAGCAUUCAUUCAUUCAUUUGCUGAUAUCUCUCCAACAAAAACACGUCAUAACGGAAAAUCUAAGAAAGUAACGCGACGACAUGCGGGGGACGAGGAAUGUUACUAGCACAGCACCAACACCUAUGAAACCCGCCCGUUUUCACAAUAAAUUCACCAGGGCCAAUCUUUGAUUAAAUUUUGAUUUGACAAGGAACCCGAACGCCUCGUUAGUUCUAGUAACUGAUCACGGCUACCGUACGUUGCUUGAGCUACAAGAAGGCGCCUGACCUACCUGCCUUAUGGCAUCUCCGCUAUCUUUCCUUUGUAAGCUGUACCUAUUCAGAUGAAAAUUUGUUGAGAAUUAUCUUAAAACCAGGAGACUUAUAGUGAUACUUUUUACCCGGAUACGGGAAGUAGUUCCCUAGCAACGCGAGAACUAUACUCCAUUUGAGUAGGAACGCUCAAGGCUCCGAAACUACAGAACCGAUUUAAACUAUCCUUUCACUGUUGGGGCGCUACACUCUUCCCGAGUAACAUAGGCUAUAUUUUAUCCCGGUACGGGCAGUAGUUCCCACGGGAUGCGGGUGAAACCGCGGGAAAACGGCUCGUUUUAAAUAUUUAGCUAUCAACCGAUUUUGAUUUUUUUCGAAUAUAAAUGAAAUGAACUUUUAGAAUCAACUAAAAAUAUAAGAAAUAUGUUGUAUUUCCAUGUAAAGGCUAUUUAUAUUUAAAACUGUAUAGAUAUGUAGCAGUAAUUUUAAUUUUAGUUUUAUUUUAAAAAUUAAGUUCUUAUUAUGUACUUUUAACUGAAUAAAGUUUUUUUUCGUCAA